ACGCUGCCUUAACGUACUCUUCAAGAAUCGUACAACACAGUUUCACCAUGAAAGCACCACAUGGGAUUCAUGAAGAUUUCCAUGGAUUGUGAUAGACAACCACUGGCCACUUGGUGGGGUUGUUUACUCAUGGUGAACGUAGAAAGAACCACAGUUCAGUUUUCGACCUCUCUGCAGUUUUACUGAAAACAUAGAUUGAAUUAACACAUUUAUUCAAACUUUACCUGAGGACAAGCGGCAGUAGACGAAAGGUAGUGUUACUGUGUUGUGCAAUUAUAUAACAAAUGGCUGCGCAGCUGCAAAGAGCUUUAUGUGAAAGUCUUAUAAGACAGUCGCCUGGAGUGGCGGUGAUACUCGACUCCGGAGGUGUCCAGUAAUGCCAGAGUGAUGCGUCCGAGCUCAACCAGCACAACAAGGACAAGCUAGAUCUUAGAUUAUCCUUUAAAGCAUUAUUUACAAUUUCAAACUGGCUUCAGUGAAGAUCAGGGACAUCACCUACAUCUUUGAAAGUUGCCUGCUCCAAUGGGGACCAGCUACUAUAUUUCAUCAUCCACUUUGGACCAGCAGGUGCAAAAAAGCCCAGUUCCCCACCACACUUGUCCCCCACCUCCUUUCCCUGAAUCCCAAGCUGCGCCUCUUCCAUCCUAGCAGCAGGCCCCUGAUAUCCUCCUGUCUGGAUGACUAAGGCAAGAAUUUCCAGAUACAUAUCAUGGCUCACUCCUCUCACCCCUUUGGCUGGAGUGAGAUGACAAAUGGAGGGGAGCGCCUCCACUUCAAUCAUGGAGGCCAGACUGGAGGUUCCCAGAGCAGCAUGCGCUACAUGCUGAAGAAACAGCACUGUCACAGAUGCAGGUCCUCCUCACCAAUGGGCAGGGUCAUUCUUAUCAACGCUCCUGUUGAUGGAGGGGAUGACAGUGAAGACAUUCACACAGUGACAGUAGAUAAGAGUCCAGAUGGGCGUCUGGGUUUCAGUGUCCGUGGAGGCUCUGAACAUGGACUGGGCAUAUUUGUCAGCAAGGUGGAAGAUGACAGCUCUGCAGCGCAGGCUGGGCUGAACGUGGGCGACAAGCUGGUGGAGGUGAAUGGGGUCAGCCUGGAGAGCAUCACCAUGAGCAGCGCUGUGAAGGUCCUGACAGGCAACAACAGGCUGAGGAUGGUGGUGAGACGGGUGGGCAAGAUCCCUGGCAUCCGCUACUCCAAGGAGAAGACCACUUGGUGAGGCUUGAUUCACCGGCGGAUGGUGGUGGAGGAGAGUGGUCGUACACCGUCAGACAGCAAUUCAGACACCGCUCUCUGCAGGAUUGUACAUCUCUUCACUACAUCAGAUGAUUACUGUCUGGGCUUCAACAUCAGAGGGGGCAAAGAGUUUGGACUGGGAAUUUAUGUUUCUAAGUUAGAUCCGGGUGGACUCGCAGAACAACAUGGCAUCAAAAUGGGUGAUCAAAUCCUUACAGCCAAUGGGGUGAGCUUUGACGAUAUCACCCACAGCAAUGCAGUUGAGGUCCUGAAGAGCCACACCCACGUCAUGUUGACCAUCAGGGAAGCUGGGAGAUACCCUGCAUAUAAGGAGAUGGUGGCAGAAUAUGGCUGGCUUGACAAGCUGGCUAAUGGGGGCCCUGCACCAUCCUCCCAGGGUUCCGACUGCAACUCCUCUGCCUCCUCGUUGUCCUCUACCACCCCUCUCAGCUCCCUCAGUGGUCUCUCCCAGGUUCUUUUCCCUCCUGUUUUUGCCUCUGAGAUGGUAGAUAUUGCCAUCACCACAGAGGACCGUUUCCAAUUUGCAAGCAAUGCUGAGCAAACUGCUGACACCGCCAUACAGACUGACCCCCACCCUCCAAACUACCUGGCCCACUCCGCGCCUAAUGGGUUGUUCCUCAAUAGACCCAUCAUUACAGAAACCAGUCGGACCGUAGGCGCCACAGAGCUGCUGAAGGACACAGUCAUUCCUGGGAAGGGGGGAAAACUGAGGGAGAUGGGAGUAACUGGGGAAGGAGGGCGGGGACGGACGAGGACGCUGUCAUCCGGAGAGCAGGAACUAGUGAAAUACUCACCUAAGAUGGCUGCGCUGAUGGACCUGAGCAGGCCACGGAAGCCAAUCAGACGUUCCCAGAGCCAUGUCACUGUGUCAGAGGACAGACAAAAGACAAAAAGGCAACAGAAGGAGAAGAGCUCAGCAGAAGGUAAACCCAGCCUGCAGCGCUCCAAAACCUUUGUCAACCUGUUAUUUAAGAAGGACCGUAAAGAGAAGAACCGCUCCAAGUCACCAUCCCACCAUGCUGAUAAAGAUAAGGAGCAGGGUCGGCCCUUCCAGCUUUUGACUUCCCUGAGGGAAUCUCGUGCUGGGGUUAAAGACAGCAGCCGACUGCCGCGACCCGAGACUCUGCAGCAUGUGGAGAACAUGGCAAAGAAACUGCUCAGUCAGGAUGAGGUGGCUGCUGUGAUGAGACGCUGUCGGCGUUUUUUGUCUGACAAUGUGACUGAGGAUUUAGUGCGCCCCCUUUUGGCAAUCUUGGACAAACCAGAGAAACUGCUACUUCUCAGAGAAAUAAGAAUGUUGAUGCCCACAACUGAGUUGGGUCGGUUUGACAGUAUGGUCAUGCCAUUUGAGCUGGAGGCAUAUGAUAUUCUCAAGAGUCGCUCUGUGCGUUCUCCAGGUCUGCGCUCCCCUCGCAGUGGAGUGCCUCGACGUCGCCUCAUCACCCCAGUCCCUGACUAUAGGGGUGGCUUCCACCUACAGCCAGCACAGGACACCCUGCGGGAGCAUCAUUUAAUCGGGGAGCUGGAGAGGCUGCAUUUGUCUGGCCAACAGUCACGCCAUCUGCCUCCAUCACAUGCCUUCACUCCCUUGCUGGAUGUACCUGUGGACAGCUACACCUCAUCCGCUGUGCGCUCCCGCUCUCUGAGCCCCUCGCCCACUCACAGCUUCCUUCUCACAGAAUCCUCACACAGCACACUGUGUGGGCGCCAACCCCAUCGAUCCCCAAGCAGAAGAGAGAAUGGGGUGUCAUGGUGUGAUGAAGUCUCCUUGUUGUCUGUGACUGACCGAGGAGUUAUGACUCCUGAACGAGGAAGGUCUCCAGUGAGGAAUGGCCAUGGGAGAACGAGGAGGGAGGCAAGUCCUGACAGCCUAGAGGGCAGACGCAGCAGGCAAGAGGGCUACACAGAGGUCAGGGUACAUGUUCCUUCACACCGGCAAGGGAGAACUCCUCUGGCUGAUGUGUUUGAGCCCUCCAGAGACAAGAGCCCAUCCACAGGCAGAGCAGUCAGCAGUGAGCAAGUAAAUGGACAUUCACAAAAUGGUCAUGGUAUGAAAAGGAGAGCAACUCUGCCACCUGAGGAGUAUGAAAUCACUACUUUGACAAUCUCCAAGGCCAAGCAGUCACUGGGCAUUAGUAUCUCUGGAGGUAUGGAGUCUAGAGUCCAGCCCAUGAUCAAGAUUGAGAAGGUCUUCCCAGGAGGAGCUGCAUCUACAAAUGAGGCUCUGAAGGCAGGGUAUGAGCUGUUGUCUGUGGACGGUGAGAGUCUGCAGGAAGUGACUCAUCAGCAUGCGGUGGACGUAAUUCGCCGUGCAUUCAGCAACAAGGCCAAGGACCCAAUGAUUUUUGUAGUCAAGAUCCCCAAGGUCCCUACCACCUCUACCAGCCUGAGGAAACCUGUUGACUAACCUCUGUGUGUCACAGCCAGACAGCAGCUCAGGCAUGAAGAACAAAACCUGCUCCUGUGGGAGUGAAUGAACUACAGGAUUCACUCCAGAAGAGGAAAUGUGGAACAGGUAAACAGCAGCUAUGGUUAUAGUGGAGAGGGUUAGAUAUGAAGAAGCAUUAGUCCUGUUGAAGGCAGCGUUGUGACAAGAAGCUUGUCAGAUACAAAGGUGAAUAUGCUGUACCAGGUUUUAAGACCCGUAUAGUAGGUUAUUUAUCAGGUUCAAGAUUGUUAUAAAUAACUUUUGCUACGGUGUAAAAGUACAUAAUGUGUACACUGUACAACUUUUAUAUUCCUAGAAUAUAAAAUACAUUGCACAUUAACUUGACUAAACAUGUUUUCUAAAGGGUCUUUUAUGAUAGGAUCAUGUGGUUCAUGAAUUCCUCCCUGGUUGAAACCGUGCCACUGUUUAACAUGUGGCAACCUUGUUAUGACCUCUGAGCGCUGCCAGAUUGUGGAGGCAGUUUUCUGUCUCUUUCCAACUGGAGCAUCUCAGUCCAGCAGUCCUGCAGCCCUGCCAGAGGGAGAUUACUAAAGUCUGUGUUAUGAGAUUUAUAGAUUUAUUUGCAGAUUCAAUCCCUGUAUUAUGUCAAAACUGAUAGUUUGGGUUUAGUGGAUGUCUGGGGGGAUUAUUACAAAUUGCUGUUCAGAAUUUUUGUGCAAUAUUUUUCUGGCGGUAGGGCUCAUGCUCUGGAGCAAUCCGCCACUUUAGAGGCUUAAUUACACCAUGCUGUGGACUGAGCUUAUGCAGACAUUUGGAGGAGUUGGAAAAACAUGUCAAUGAGAAAUGCACCACAUCUAUGCCAGUGGCACAGUUUAAAUCAACGUAGGGUAGAAGAGAUAUGAACAGCAAGAUAACUGGAACAUAGUGUGCAUAGUGGCUUACUUCUGCAGAUGGCCAAUGGGGGAAAAUACUGAUAAAAUGUUACAUAAACUUACGUGCUACAAAAUCUCUGAAAUGUUUCA